GGCUUUUGGGUACAAUUAUUCGAGCCUUUAUACAUAUAUAUUUCUGGUCAUCAUCAUCAUCUCUUUGCCGCCUAUCGCCGCCGAGAGCCGCUGCCAGAAAUCGCCUACCGCCACCAGCCGUCGCCCGAGCCCAGCCGAUCGAAACCGCCCACUACCGCAAGCAGCCACGUAUCGCCCAGGCCCUGCCAGCGACGCCCAGCAACGCCCCAUCGACGCCCGCGAGCUUCCAGCGUCCACCUGCCUGCUCGCCAUCCAUCCGCGCUACCAGUCGACGUCCGCCCGUGCUCCCAGCAACCGCGCGCGAUAUUCCUUGCGCGCCCAGAGAUGCGAACUGCACGCCCGCGUGCCCAUCCCCGACUCCUUCUCCGCCCCGUCAGCACCAGGCCCCUCUGUCCAUGGACCUCACUCAGCUUAUAGUCCAGUUUCAGAGGAUGAAUGCACCAACUUUCGCGGGGACUGAGAACCCCACAACGGUGCUGGAGUGGAUGAAAGAGCUGGAUAAGAUUUUUGCUGUACUCCCCCUCCCGGACCGUCAGCGGGUAUCUCUCGCAGCUUAUCAGAUGAAGGAGGAUGCUUCCGACUGGUGGAUUGACCACUGGGCUCGGAGGCCAGAGGCGGAGCUUCAUGCUCUCACUUGGGAGCAAAUGAAAGUGAUGGUGCGCAGCAAGUUCCUUCCCCAGAGCUUUUGGGAUAUGAUGGAGCAUGAGUUCUACCACUUGCAGCAGGGCAGCUCCACAGUGGAUGAGUAUAUCCGCACUUUAACCCGCAUGUGCCUUUUUGCGGGCGAUGCAGUGAACACCGAUGCCAAGAAGGCCCGCAAAUUUCUCAAGGGGCUCAAUCAGAGGAUCCCUGAACUG